AUGACAGACAAAGAGGAAACAGGUGGCGGGGAGCAGGACGAUAUCUCGUUCCUUCGAACGGGUGAUAUCGUAGCGAUGACCUGUUUAGCGUCUUCAAACCGAGAAGGUGUGCUUGGCUCAGAGCGUGUUUGUCUAUGCAGUGAAGGCUUCGGAAAUCGAAUGUGCCUUCUCGAGAAUGUUUCUUAUCGUGAUUUACCACCCGAUAUGGCAAUGUGCAUGCUUUAUAUAGACAAUGCGCUUUCAAUGCGAGCGCUGCAGGAAAUGAUGAGUUCCGACGGUGAACAGAAAGGAACUGGAAGUGGCGGUGGGCAUAAAACGCUUUUGUAUGGACAUGCCGUUCAGUUGAAGCAUGUUCAGAGCGAAAUGUAUUUAGCGUGUCUUUCCUCGUGCUCUUCGAAUGACAAGCUCGCUUUCGAUGUCGGUGUACAAGAAACGAACGAAGGUGAAGCCUGUUGGUGGACCAUUCAUCCGGCUUCAAAACAACGAUCAGAGGGUGAGAAAGUUCGUGUGGGUGAUGACGUUAUCCUUGUUUCGGUAGCCACCGAGCGUUAUUUGCACAUGCAACACAGUAAAGGAUUCAUGGUUAUCGCAUCAUUUCAUCAAACACUUUGGAAUAUUACUUCAGUCAGCUCGGGUAGUGUUCGAAUCAGGAAUAUGGGUGCGUCACUUGCAUUCGAUCAGAGUUUAUUUCGGUUUAAGGCAUAUCUCAAUGAGCAGACAGAUUCCAUGCAUUCUGAAACGUUUCAGGAUCGUUGUUCGGAAAUGAUGUUCUACGAUUCUUUCAUGGUAAUGAUGAAGUACUAA